AUGUUAAACGAAUCAAUCGAUAUGAUGUUAAAAAGCUUAGAGGAUGCAAUCAAUAAUGGCGGCGGUAAAAUAGUAGGGUGUGAUCCGAGUGAUUUUGCCAAAGAUCAUUAUCAUAUUCGCAUUGAGAUGCCAGAUGGAACUAUAAAAUUAUUUCCCAACUUGGAUCAACGGUAUCUUCAAAAAUUCCUUCCUAUUAAAAAUCUAAUUCAUGGUUUUGGCGGUGACGAGAAAAAUCUACAAAAAGAAAGUGAACAGAGAUAUCACGAAACACCAUACAUCGAAGAAUUAUCUGACGAAAAUGAAGAACAAACAGAAAGUACGGAAGCUAAAAAAUCCAAAUUUACAAGAUUAAUGGAAAACAAUGGCGUUAUUAUUGAUUAUCAUAAAACUAAACGAGGAACUUACGCAACACCAUCAAAUCAAAUAGCAAGAUUUUCUAAUAUUUCGGUGCAAAAUUUCGAAAAAUACAAGACUGACGAAGCUAAAGAGAUUACACCUGAUAAAUUGAAUCUUCGUGAACAUCAUCCCGGUGAUACAUUUGAAAAGGUCAUGAAAGAAGGAGGCCAUAUUACUGACAUACAUAAAUUUGAAACUUAUUCAGUUUAUAUUAAAAAAAGUGAAGGAUAUAUUGUACAAUUUGGAAAUAUAUCAAAGGAAGCAUUGGAUGAACAUUGUGACCAUAUUAAAUUACAACCUGAAUUAGCACAGGACAAAUCUCUUGAUCACAGUCAUCGCAAGGGAGAUACAUUUGAUGUUUGUGUGCAAGAUCCAAAUUCAAUCAUUAUUGAUAUUAUACCACAUCCAUUCUAUUCAGUUCACGUUAAAUCUAAAGACGGUAAAUUGGAAUAUUAUUCACAUAUUAGUGAAAAAUUGUUGAAUAAAUAUUACAAGGUAUAG